AAUAAUGCGACCAUGCGAUCCAUAAAUGGCUCUGUGUUUCUCUCUCCCUAGAAGACUUGCAAUUGCAAACCUUUCUCUCUUCUCUCUUCCCGCAAAAACCCGACCGUUGGACUUCACACAGUUUACUUCAUUUCAAUUUCCCUUGUCCACGUUCAAGUUUUUCAAAUCUUGUUCGACAUCACCUCUCUAUUUAGACCCUUAUUUCUACAACGAUAACCUCCUCUACAAUCACAUCGAUCUCGUUUCAUAUUACACAUUCCUUCUCGAUAAACUAACACAUAAAAGCCAUCUGAAUGAAAUUCAUGCGCGCUUAUACGUGUCUGGACUUCAAUUUAAUGGUUUCUUGGUGACUAAGUUCAUCAAUGUGAGCGCAAAUCUUGGUGAAAUUCACCAUGCACGAGAAUUGUUUGAUGAAUUUCCAGACCCAUAUGUUUUUGUAUGGAAUGCCAUUAUCAGGGGAUACUCUGUGCACAAUAUGUUUACCAGUGCUAUUGAGAUGUAUACAAAAAUGCAAGAAAUGGGUGUGCGUCCGGAUUGCUUCACUCUUCCUCCUGUGCUCAAGGCGUGUUGUGGCUCAUCUGCUGUUGAAAUUGGUCGUGCGGUGCAUGGACACAUAUUUAGACAUGGGUUUGAAUCCGACGUGUUUGUCCAAAAUGCGCUUGUGGCAUUGUAUGCAAAAUGUGGUCAAAUUGAAAGGGCUCGGAUGGUGUUUGAUGAGUUAGAUGACAGGACUAUUGUUUCGUGGACUGCCAUUAUAUCUGGGUAUGCCCAAAAUGGGCACCCUAUGGAAGCUUUGAAGUUUUUUAAGCAGCUUAGAGAAUUGGAUGUGGAAUUGGAUUGGAUUGUGCUUGUGAGUGUUCUCAGGGCUUAUACAGAUGUGGAGGACUUGAAGCAAGGAAAAUGUGUUCAUGGUUUUGUGUUCAAAAUUGGUCUUGAACUUGAACUGGACUUGCGGAUUUCCCUUACAGCAAUGUACGCCAAAUGCGGGCAGCCAAUGGUUGCCAAAUUUUUGUUUCAUCAAAUGGAAGUAUCUAAUGUGAUCUUGUGGAAUUGCAUGAUUUCGGGGUUUGCAAAAAAUGGUUAUGCCAACGAAGCUGUAGAGCUCUUCUGGAGGAUGAUAUCCAAAAAUAUCCGACCAGAUGAAGUCACGGUGCGGUCUACUAUAUUGGCCUGUGCUCAAGUGGGGUCACUUGAACAAGCGAGGUGGAUGGAUAACUAUAUCAGUGACACUAACUACAGAAAUGAUGUUUUUGUCAACACGGCCCUCAUUGACAUGUAUGCUAAAUGUGGAAGUGUUGAGUUAGCUCGUAAAGUAUUUGAACAAACAGUAAACAGAGACGUCGUUGUGUGGAGUGCCAUGGUUAUGGGUUAUGGAUUGCAUGGUCAGGGCAGGGAAGCUAUCGGUCUUUUCGGUGCCAUGAAGCAAGCGGGGGUGUGCCCUAAUGAUGUAACAUUUAUUGGGCUCCUUACAGCAUGUAAUCAUUCGGGCCUUGUUGAAGAGGGAUGGGAACUUUUCCACAGUAUAAGGGAUUAUGGGAUUGAGCCUCGCCACCAACAUUACGCUUGUGUUGUUGAUCUUCUUGGUCGUGCAGGAUAUUUGGAAAAGGCUUAUGAUUUUAUCAUGAACAUGCCAAUUGAGCCAGCUGUUUCAGUAUGGGGAGCACUGUUGAGCGCAUGCAAGAUCUAUCGCCAUGUAAAAUUGGGGGAAUAUGCAGCAGAGCAGCUUUUCUCAUUAGACCCAUUGAAUACGGGGCAUUAUGUGCAGCUCUCAAAUCUAUAUGCUUCAGUCCGCUUGUGGGAUGGUGUGGCAAAGAUACGGAUAUUGAUGAAGGAGAGAGGACUGAGUAAGGACCUUGGUUAUAGUACGAUUGACAUUAAUGGAAAGCUUCAAGUUUUUCGAAUGGGAGACAAGUCACAUCCAAGAUCAAAGGAAAUAUUUAAGGAGCUUGACAGAUUGGAGAGGAGGUUGAAACAGGCUGGAUUUUUGCCGGAUACAGAUUCUGUGCUACACGACUUGAAUAGUGAGGACAAGGAGGACACUCUCUGUAACCAUAGUGAGAGACUGGCAAUUGCUUAUGGACUUAUCAGCACUCCUCCUGGAACUACACUUAGGAUAACUAAAAACCUGCGGGCAUGUGUGAACUGCCACUCUGCAACUAAGCUGAUAUCUAAGCUCGUCUGUAGGGAGAUAGUUGUCAGGGAUGCAAACAGGUUUCACCAUUUCAAGGAUGGAUUGUGUUCUUGUGGAGAUUACUGGUGA